AGAAGGGUAAGCAGCCUCCAUACUGAGACAAUCGAGAGCAAAACAAAAGUCAAGAUGUCCAUCCGGAGGCUCAGGAGCAGCCCUAAAAUGCUGGGAGAUGUCAAUAUGGUGACAGAGGAGCUGAAGAACCUUUAUUACAAGAGGCUGCUGCCGAUAGAGAAAUAUUACGCCUUCCAUCACUUCCACACGCCGAGCUAUGAGGACGCAGACUUUGACAACAAGCCAAUGGUGCUGGUGAUGGGCCAGUACUCAACAGGAAAGACAACUUUUAUCAGGUAUCUCAUAGAGCAAGAUUUCCCUGGUAGCAGAGUUGGGCCAGAGCCGACCACUGACUGCUUCAGUGCUGUCAUGUACGGAGAGGCGGAGGGAAUCAUCCCUGGGAAUGCCCUCACAGUGGAUCCGAAGAAGCCCUUCCGCAACCUCGGCCCUUUUGGAAAUUCUUUUCUGAACAGGUUUCAGUGCGUUCAGAUGCCAAAUCAAGUGCUUGAAAGCAUCAGCAUUAUCGACACACCAGGGAUAUUAACUGCUGCUAAGAGAAAGCUGAGUAGAGGCUACGACUUCCCAGCAGUGCUGCGCUGGUUUGCGGAGCGUGUGGAUCGAAUCAUCUUGCUCUUCGAUGCACACAAACUUGAGUUCUCUGAUGAGUUAACCCGGGCUUUUGGGUCUCUGUGUGGCUACGAGGACAAGCUGCGUGUGGUGCUCAACAAGGCCGACAGGGUGGACUCACAGCAGCUCAUGAGAGUGUACGGCGCUCUCAUGUGGUCGCUGGGGAAAGUGUUUCGGACCCCGGAGAUCCUGCGGGUAUACAUCGGAUCGUUCUGGUCGGAGCCCAGGCAGAUAUGCGACCACUACCAGCUGAUAGAGCUGGAGGAGGAGGAUCUUUUGACUGACAUAAGGAACCUGCCGCGGAAUGCUGCAGUACGAAAGCUGAAUGACCUGGUGAAGAGGGCACGCUUAGUACGGGCUCAUGCACAUAUUAUCAGCUAUCUAAAACAGGAGAUGCCGACCAUUUUCUGCAAAGAAAGCAAGAAGCACAACCUGAUUUAUCAGCUUCCUGUGAUUUUCACCAAGAUCCAGCAACAGCAUCGAGUCCCAGCUGGUGACUUUCCUGACUGCACCAAGAUGCAGGAGAAACUUCUGGGUCACGAUUUCUCAAAGUUCAAGACCCUGAAACCAAGUCUGAUGGCCUCCCUAGAUAAACUUCUGACUACCGACAUAGCGAACCUGGUGCCUUUACUUCAACAGCAAGCAGUGAAGAAGAAGUCCCUCCCUGGUGUGUUGGACGGAGACUUUUUGGGAACGUUCCGGCCCGAGCAUUACAAGAGAGAUCCUUUCAAGGAGCUCCCCAGAGACGAUGAAAGCAGUGAGGCAGAUUUCGACGAGUGGAUCGUGGAGAAGUACAAGCCCAAGUACGAUGAGAUUUUCUACAACCUCAGUCCAAAUGCGGGCAAACUGAGCAGCAGCAAAGUGAAACAGUGGAUGACAACCACGCUCCUGCCGAACUCUGUGCUCGCUCACGUCUGGAGGCUGUCUGAUGUGGAUGGAGACGGCAUGUUGGACAAUGAGGAGUUUGCUUUAGCAGUCCACCUUAUUGAGGGGAAACUGGAAGGCCACUGGCUGCCCCGAGAGCUUCCCUCUCACCUGGUGCCACCGUCAAAGCGGCUAAGUACAGCCAGCGAAGAAGAGUAAACAAGACAUCGAGAGGAAGUGGAAGACUGAGGACAUGUCUCCAUUAUAUGUGAAAUAUCAUUUUCUAAAUCUAAUCUAAUCAUAGGAUCCAUUUGUACGUUAAUCAGCAUGACACCAAAACAUUAAGUUCAUGUUUAAUGGUUUUGGUCACUGCAAACGUUUUUAAUGUCACAUUUCACUUCAGAAUUUGGCACAACAUCAAUACAGCAGUAAUUCUAACCUUCAACCUGGAAUUUUCCUUUAGGUUAUAUAUAUUUAUAAUCUUACGUAAUAAAAAUGUAUCUCUUUUUAAUGCAAUUAAACUUAUAAAGAUGA